AGUGCGUUUAAUUCUGGGAGCGCACAUAUUUUCCUCACACGUUCUCCGGGAGUGACGGCGAGAUUUUAACGUUCACUUGGCGAAAGGGCAACGAAAGACUCCCUUUUUCAUCUGAUUGUUUAAGGUGUGGUGUGUGGUUCUGGUUUUGACGUUUACAAGUUCUUGUGGUCCCGAACAAGUCUCGCUAAGUGUCGCGUAACCUGUCCGAAAGCGGGACUGUGAUGCUGAUGCUGGAGCAUCUACUGACCCAUCGCCACCUGCACACUUGCGCUUUCUUUGGAUAGCCGUGUCCCACGGAGGAUGCCGAACAGGCUGAGGAAGACUGUUUGAUGGAGGGCGAUGCUUCUUUCACAGCAGCAGUGGCUGAGGCAGAGGCUCUUUGUGCUGGGUAGUCUGGCCCUUGGGAGCCUCCUCUAUCUGGUUGCCAGAGUGGGCACUUUAAAUCGGCUGCAGCCGGUCUGCCCCAUUGAUAGCAGACUGCUCCCUGCUAGCAUGCCAGGACAGAUUUCUUUACAAACGCUGCAGCACAAGCAAGCUCUUCGACACGAGCUGCGCAGGACCAACAGCACAAGGGAGCAGCUGCGCAUGCACCAUCUUGUUCAGCAGUUGCCCAGAGCCAUCAUCAUCGGGGUGAGGAAAGGCGGCACACGUGCUCUGCUGGAGAUGCUCAAUCUUCACCCUGCUGUUGUCAAGGCAUCCCAGGAGAUCCACUUUUUUGACAAUGACAAGAACUAUGCCCGUGGCAUUGACUGGUACCGCGAAAAGAUGCCUUUCUCCUUUCCUCAUCAAAUCACUAUUGAGAAGAGUCCUGCGUACUUCAUCACAGAGGAGGUACCAGAGAGGAUCUUUAAGAUGAAUUCCUCCAUUAAACUUCUUGUGAUCGUUCGUGAGCCCACUACUCGAGCUGUUUCUGACUACACACAGGUCCUAGAGGGGAAGGAGCGCAAGAACAAAACGUACCACAAGUUUGAGGAACUCGCAAUUGAUGCCAACACUUUUGAGGUGAACACAAAGUACAAGGCUGUACGGACAAGCAUCUACACCAAGCACCUAGAACGCUGGUUAAAGUUCUUUCCGGUGGAGCAGUUUCACAUAGUUGAUGGAGACCGCCUGAUCACAGACCCAUUGCCAGAAAUAAAGCUGGUGGAGCAUUUCUUGAACCUUCCCUCACGGGUCAGCCAGUAUAAUCUGUACUUUAACACCACACGUGGAUUCUUCUGCCUGCGUUUCAACUUUAUGUUCAGCAAGUGCCUGGCAGGCAGUAAGGGCCGGAUCCAUCCAGAUGUGGACCUCUCGGUCAAGGAAAAACUGUGGCGCUUUUUCCAUCCAUUUAACCAGAAGUUUUACCAGAUCAUUGGCAGGACAUUCAGCUGGCCCUGAGGAUUUCGAUAGCACUUGACUUGCAGAGACUUCUGAAGCAGCAGUAUUUUUAUGUUUCUUCUGGAAAUGUGACCAAACAUGUCAAAGAUCUGUAAUUUAAACUGAAAGGAAAUCUGUUUUGAGAGUAAUUUCAACUCAAAUCAAUAUUUCAUGUCAUUUUGGAAGUAGCUGUGUAAUAAGAAGGAUAAUGUACAGUCAGUCAGUCAUUAUUGCAAAAUAAACCCAUUUAGGAUGAUACAAGACCCACAAAUCCUAAUAACCCCCUGCUGGAUUCUUUAAACCCUAUCUUUAACCUUUAAUGUGUUUCUGUGCCUUGACAGAAAGUUUUGGA